AUGACCUUGUUUGAGGAGGAGGUCGAGGAUGAGGACCGGGAUAAGUGGAUCGUGUGGUUCGAUGGUGCGUCUAAUGCACUAGGCCAUGGGGUCAAGGAAGUAUUGGUUUCCCUAGACAAACAAUAUAUACCUUUCAUGGCUAGGUUGUGUUUCGAUUGCACAAACAAUAUAGCAGAGUACAAGACAUGUGCCCUGGGGAUCCGAGCAGCAAUCAACUUUUGGGUCAACUUACUCAAGGUAUACGGGAACUCGACAUUGAUAAUUCAUCAGUUGAAAGGUGAAUGGGAGACCAGGGACCACAAAUUGGUACCUUACCAGGCUUACAUCAAGAAGUUGAUGGAAUUCCUUGAUGACAUAUCUUUUCAUCACAUUCCUAGAGAGGAAAAUCAGAUGGUCGACGCCCUUACCACUCUAGCGUCUAUGUUCAAAGUGAGCCUGCACGAAGAUUUGCCAUACAUCGAAUUCAAAUGUCGUAGUGAGCCUGCACAUUGUUGUUUGAUAGAAGAAGAAGAGGAUGGUAAGCCUUGGUACUUCAAUAUCAAACGAUACAUUGAAGACAAGGAAUACCCGCCUAAGGCCUCUAACAAUGACAAGAGGAUGUUACGAAGGUUGGCAGCUGGUUUCCUCCUGAGUGGAAAUAUCUUGUACAAGAGAAACCAUGACAUGGUGUUGCUUCGGCGUGUGGAUGCAAGAAAGGCUGAACAAAUGCUAAUAGAGGUGCAUGAGGGAUCCUUUGGUACGCAUGCCAAUGGACAUGCCAUGGCCCGAAAGAUUUUGGGAGCAGGGUAUUAUUGGCUCACUAUGGAGAGAAAUUGUUGUGUUCAUGUUAGGAAAUGCCAUAAGUGUCAGACCUUCGCUGAUAAUGUUAAUGCUCCACCUGUACCAUUGAACGUCUUGGUAGAACCUUGGCCAUUCUCUAUGUGGGUCAUAGACGUGAUCGGGGCCAUCAAACCCAAGGCUUCCAACGGGCAUUGCAUCAUCUUAAUCGCCAUUGAUUACUUCACCAAGUGGGUGGAAGCAGCUUCAUAUGCUAGCGUGCCUAGGAAUAUGGUUCAAAAGGAUCACAAAGGGAAAUGGGCCUCGAAUUAUGAAGGGUCGUUUGUUGUAAAGAAGGCUUUCUCAAGAGGAGCGUUGUUGCUUAUGAACAUGGAUAACAAAGAUCUGCCUUCGCCUGUGAAUUCUGACAUUGUCAAGCGGUAUUAUGCGUGA